AUGGCGAGCGCCCUGGCACCCGUUGCUAGGCAACAGGGCCGGCGGCCCCACCCGGGCCCGGCACCUCCUGCCCAAGCCCGCCUAAGCCUGGCCCUUCGACCCCUUGUGCCAACACUAAAACAACUCUGUCAGUUUCCAAACGCCAAGGGAGCCCGGAGCACCCCUGGCGCCUGCGCCGGCUCCGCACCUCUCGGCAGGCUGCCCGCCGCCUGCUCCCCGCAGCAAAGCGGUGGCUUUCUCCCCUCCCCAAUACCUGGGCACAAGGUGGCCGCUCCCCCGGCCGGUCCUCUCCGAAAACUCCCCGCCCCCUCCUCCUCCUCCGGGCAGCGCCGCUCCGGCCCGCUGGCAGCUCCACCCGCACCGCACCGCACCGCACCGCACCGCACCGCGGCGGCGGCCGUUGCUUUCAACGCCCCCCCGGCCUCGCGCCGGCCGCUACCGCCCGGAGCUGUCCGAACCUUCCCGAGGCCGCGCGUGCACCCGCCGACCCGGGAGGGACCGCACGGGACGGGACCGCACGGGACGGGACCGCACGGGACGGAAGCGGAGGGAGCCCCGAGGGGAAGGGGGCGCCGACAGCCCCGGCCACAGGCGAGAGCAGCCCGGCAGAGCUCCCCGCCAGGCAGCACCCGCCUGCGGCUCUGGCGGGACCAGGCAGAGGGGAGAACGAGCGGCGCCCACGCCAGAGCCCGCCCAGGGACCGGCCGCGGGGACGAAGCCCGACACGGCAGGGACGGCACGGGAAACUCAGCGCAGCGCAGCCCUGCCCAGCCCACGCCAGCCCUGUCCAGCCCCGACGGCCCCUCGCCCCAGCCUCAGCCGCGGCCCGGCAAAACCCCACCUGAAGCAAGCCACAGCCCCGCGCUACAGACCUCCUCCGGCCCCUCCUGGGGAGGGCUGGCUGAGGCGGCUCUACCCUGA